AUGGGUUUUUCACCGUUCAUCGACGAAUGUCGAGCAGAAGGAUUUUGGCCGAUCGGGCCCAGUUGUAAUAAGGUAAAACAUUGCCGACGAAAAGUGAAUUUGUUCAAAAGGAAAUCGUUUUUUGCAGAUCCUCUCAUUCGGUGUCUAUUCGUUUUUUAUCGUCGUCAAUCUGAUUGUUUUAUGCCUCCCGAACACUGCCAAUAAUUAUCAGCAAAUGAUUGGUAAGCGAAUGGCAAAAAUAUGAAAUAGCCAAGUUUCGCUCACUUUUUGCAGACGACGAAGGGCGUACAGUGUCGAAAUUGACAAUCUCGAAGGUUCUCUCAAUCUGCACCCUUUUCGCAAUCAUUUGCCAAUCGAUUUUCUAUUUUGCGUUCGCCUUCUACUUCCACCCCUACAGUCACCUUCUCCUCGCUUUUUGCGUCUCCAAAUUGGUCAGUUUUAGCCGAAAAUGGCGAUAAGAGCGAUUUGUUCGGAAAGUUUUUGGAAUGCUAUUUCAGGUCUGGUCUUUUGGCCCACUUGCAAUUAUCCGAUUGGACCCAAACUUUUCAAGCUUUUUAUACUUGGAUUGAGGUAUAUUGGGUCCAAGUUUCAGAGCGAUUGGAUCAUUCACUCUGGAGAUAUACUGAUUUGUAGAAAAAACCACAAUCUGAGGGGUAUCUUCAGAGUAAAUGAUCCGAUCGGUCUGCAACUUGAACCCAAUAUACUUCAAUCCAAGUCCAAAAAGCCUGCAAAGUUUGGUUCCGAUCGGAUAAUUGCAAGUGGGUCAAAAGUCAAAAACCUCUCGUCGUUUCAGUUCUUCUGGAUCGUCUCCCUGUCCUCGUACUCGAAAUGGCGUUCCCAGCGGUUCACGCCGGUCUCCCUGGGGCUCGCCUUCUCGGCGGCCCUUCUCAUCGACGCAAUUCCGUUGACGGCGUGGAAGACGUACUUCAAUCCGGCCACUCGCAGUCACGGAGACCUCACCUUUUAUAUAAUCGAACUCGCCCUCGUCUCCGCCGUUUUCUUCUUCACGCUCAUCGCCGGAUUCUGCAGCACUUCCGGCUAUUCCCGCCAGGAUUCGGUAGGAAAAGAUUCAGAAGAGAAAGUAUUGAAAAACAACUGUAGGCGUGGAAUAACCUGUCGAAGAAAGUGGUGAUGGUGGCUCCGUACAUCUGGCCGACCAAGUCUCUCGCUCUCCAAAUGCGCGUCGUUUUCUGUCUGUUCCUGCUGAUUAUCGGACGAUUGAUCAACGUUUCGCUGCCGAUUCUCAGCAAAUGGAUUGGUGAGUUUCUCAGGAAAAGAAGCGGGAAAAAUUCGGGUUUUUGUUGAAACUUUUGAAAACGAUUGCAGUGGACGAGCUGUCGACGCCGGAAAACUUUCAUUAUUCGCUGAUUUUCAUCGCGACGCUCCUGAAGUUUUUGCAAGGAAACGGAGCGAUGGGCGGUUUCCUGAACACGGUGCGCACGUACCUGUGGAUCCCCAUUCAGCAGUACACGACGAGAGAAUUGGAGGUGGAACUGUUCAAGCACCUCCACUCGCUCUCCCUUCGCUGGCAUCUUUCCAGAAAAACCGGACAGGUUCUGAGGGUGAUGGACCGCGGAACGAGCAGUGUGAACAACAUUUUGAAGUGAGAGAAGAGGAGAGAAAAAAGAUCCGUAAUCUGUGUUCUUUGCAGUUAUAUCCUGUUCAACGUGGUGCCCACCAUCGCAGACAUCGUCAUCGCCGUCAUUUUCUUCUUCUCCGCAUUCAACGCCUACUUUGGCAUCAUCGUCUUCGCCACAAUGGUCCUUUAUUUAGGUAUUCCUAUAGUAACCACUCACCGCUAACUCAUGAAACUACAGUAAUCACAAUCUCGAUCACGGAAUGGAGAACGCAAUACAUUCGGGAGGCGAACGAGAAGGAUAAUGCCACGUCGGCAAUCGCCACGGACUCGCUCAUCAACUAUGAGACGGUCAAAUACUACGGGAAUGAGGAUUUCGAAGUGAAUCGAUUCAAAAAGGCCAUCGAGGGGUGAGUUCCCGGGCUUUUCGAGGACUCUUGAGCCACCUGCAAUAAAUCCAAACGGGCCUAGACUUGGAUUGAAGUAUUUCGGGUUCGAGUUUCAGAUCAGCGUUAUAGAACUCAAUGUUCCUGGUUUUUCGCAUCUAAAACCGUGUCGAUAGAGUUAUAUUUCGUUACAAAUCUAUUUCGACCAGUUCUGUUGCGUAGAGUGUGAUUACUCAGGUACCAAGAGGUGGAAUGGAAGACUCAGGCCUCUCUGGCGCUGCUCAACUGCCUCCAGAAUGCGAUAAUCGGAGUGGGAAUGAUCGCCGGAUCGGUGUUCGUCGUCUACAUGAUUGUGCACGAGAAGACACUGACAGUCGGAGACUACGUCCUCUUCACCACUUACCUCCUCCAGUUGUACACUCCGCUCAACUUUUUCGGAACUAUCUACAGGUACUCGGCAUUUGAACGAAUUGCGAGUGUUCGGGUGCUUUCAGAGUGAUCCAGAAGGCGUUCGUCGACAUGGAGAACAUGUUCGAUUUGCUGAACGACGAGGUCGAAGUCAAGGACGUGCCGCACGCGUUGCCCUAUAAGGAUCCACGUGGCACGAUAUCGGUCAGAAAUCUGUCGUUCGAGUACAACACCGGCCUUCCCGUCAUUCGCAAUAUCAGCUUUGAGAUUGGAAACGGACAGACUGUCGCAUUGGUGAGCUGGCAAAAAAUGGGCGGCGCUUUGGUUUUUGGGAUUUAGAGAAAUGGAUUAUUUACAAGGAACUUCGAACAAGUUUUUUGUUUUUGUUGCAGGUCGGCUCGUCGGGUUCGGGUAAGAGUACGCUGGUCCGGCUGCUCUUCCGGCUGUUCGAAUCGACGGAGGGCACGAUCGAAUUCGACGGAACCGACGUGCGCAACUACAAAAUGCACUCUCUGCGGAAACAAAUCGGCAUAGUCCCCCAGGAUACGGUGCUCUUCAACGACACGAUCAUGUACAACAUUCGGUUCGGACGGCCCGACGCCACCGACGAAGAAGUGAUUGAGGCGGCGAGGGCGGCGAUGAUCCACGAGAAGAUCAGCUCGCUUCCGGAGGGCUACGCGACGAUGGUCGGCGAGCGGGGACUCAAGCUGAGCGGCGGCGAGAAGCAGAGAGUCGCCAUCGCACGUACCAUCCUCAAGAAACCCCAGUUCAUCUUCCUGGACGAAGCCACGUCGGCACUCGACACGCCCACCGAACGCGCCAUCCAGAAGUGCCUCGAGAAACUGUGCAAGUCGCGGACGGGCGUCGUCGUCGCCCAUCGGCUCAGCACCGUCGUCAACGCAGAUCUCAUUCUCGUCCUCGACAAGGGAAUCAUCUUGGAGAGGGGCAGGUACGGACGGAGGGGGAAGCCCCUGAAAAUCCAUUGAUUUAUGUCCGAAUUUUUCAGUCACAAGCAACUGUUGGAGCAGAAAGGCGUCUACGCGAGUAUGUGGGAGGCCCAAAUCGCGGAGCAGCGGGCGAAAUCGAUUGAAGUCGAGGAGGUGGUCAGCGAUUCCAGCAACUAA